GAAGGCGAAUCGGUUGGAGACUUCUUCGGGCCCGUGAGCCUCAAGGAGUGCAUAUCUCACUGCAACCGAGUGCCUCGCUGCAUGUCCAUUUCUCACGGACCUCAUGGAUGCCAUCUGAAAGACCGCUGCGUAUCGCCUGGCGAAGACAUGGUCCCCGAGGGCGAGCAGGGUGCGGACUAUCGCACAGUAUUCCGCAAGUCGUGCACUUCGGUGUCUGGCAAGAAGCCAGACGAGAUGCACAACUCGCACACACAGGACGGUUAA